AUGGCGUCGUCUGUCGGUACCACGGUCUCCAUCGACCGCACCUAUCUUGACACACUCAUCAGAAGUGACGAGUCCAACUGGGAGGAGGACAGUGAUGAGCAGCGGACCGCCGCUCCCACUCUUUCCAAUACUCGUAAUGUCACUCAGCUCCCAGUUGACCAGCCUCGCCUGACAACGACCACUGCUGCACGGGCUCCUCGGAGCGGACAGGACGACGGAAAGCUUACCGUCCAUCAGCCUACCAAACAGGGCUGGGCCGACGCCGAGCCUACCGCUCACGACGUAUCUGAAGCAGCAAUUUCUCCCACUGAAGCCGAGCAUGGAUUCGUUCACCAAGAGGAAGCUCGGUUGCCUGUUCGGCCACAGUUUGAGAGGCUGGCCACAAGAACCAUUCUGAUAUCCAAUCUUGCCGAAGGUACAUCUCACGCCGAUGUCACGGACGUCGUUCGAGGCGGUUUGCUGCUGGACAUCUUUCUAAGAACCCACGACCGCUCUGCCCAGGUAUCUUUCUUGCACGAGGCAGAUGCCAGAACUUUCUUUGAAUAUGUUCGGCGCCAUGAUUUGUACAUUAGACACAAGCGGGUCGAUGUCCGAUGGUGUGAUCGACAGUUCACCCUCCCGGGUCACGUCGCAAGCAAGGUCGGAAUUGGCGCCACACGCAACCUUGUCGUUCGGCGAUGCGAUCCAAGCCUCACUGAAGAGGGCAUUCGCCAUGAUUUGGACCAUAUCCACAACCUGAUAGUCAUCAGAGUGACAUUCGAUGGCGGUAGCUGUCACAUCAGCACCAAUUCGGUGCACAACGCCCUGUUUGCGCGGACCUGCAUGAUGAGUCGACAGAAGUACAAGGGGUCGAAGAUCGAAUGGGACGCCGAUGAGUGUGCCCAGCCCUUGGAAACUCCCCAAGCUCACCGGGUUCAGCCUCAUGUGCUUCCGUCGAAGCGCCUCGUGAACCCCAUGGCGAACCGCUUCGAGAUCUUGAAGCUGGACGGCGACAGCGACAACGAGGAGAACAUCCCACCUGAGUUUCACCCGCGGCCUUCGAUGAAUAUCAGGGUCUAA